AUGUCGGCGCCAUCGCUGCCGCUACGCGUAUCCACCUGCAGCUACUUCCGCCUCGAGUGCGGUCACGAACAGCUGUUUCAUUCCGAGUACAAGCGGAGCAACCGCACCAGAGGCCUUAAAAUCCUGCGCUGCUUUCCGCACUGCUGUCCGGAGCAUAUUGACCGAAGCUACUGCGGAUCCUCACUGAGUGUGAAGAUUCGACUAGCGGAACGUCCGGUUGGAAGUGCCCCAUUUCAGCCUCCACCUAGUGAGUUGUUAGCAGUCUUCGCCCGCUUCGAAGCAGUCAAUGAUGUGAGUCUCCGACCUGGAGAGUGCGUCGAGGUAGAUAAAAUCCAAGAGGGUGUACAGACAGAGACGAAUCUGGACGGUCAGUGGAUCGCUGGGGUCUUGGAUCGGCCAUCCGGACUGAUGCUUUUCCGAGGUGGUACUACGACUGGGAGAGUGGUGCUAACAAGGCACAGAGGCUCAUAA